AUGUACGAAUCGCGUGAAACCGAGGAUAGCGAUCUUAGAGACGAAGGAGAUGACUUCGAUGAUACUUUGGUUAUUGAUCAAGAGGACUUCUCCUACCUUGAAGUUGAUGACAGUCACGAGGCUGAUGAAGGGGAAGUUAGCGACUUCAACCAGCACCACUUGGGUAUGGUCAUGUCAAACCCAGUCAAGGUCAAACUCCUCAAGCAUUUUCUUCCUGACUUUACGGCGAACAAACGCUAUACCUUGAAUCAAGGUCGAAAAUGGAAGGAUAACUAUCAUUUCCAGGCACCAAUGGUUCCAAAGGAGUUAUUCAACACUGAGGCGGAUUAUUGGGUUGGCGAUGUUGUUUAUUGCCGUUCUACUCGCCAAUAUCAAAUCAUCGACACGUUCUUUACUAUGGAGCAAAACGUUUUUGCUACAUGCUACCCUGUAACGCUAGACGACAACAACAGAUUGCUUCUUCUUACGUAUUACAAAGUGAACAUACCUUUGUCCAACAUGACAAUGCCGUAUAUGUCGAUUCAAGAACUGGAGGGAAGAUACGAUAUCUGCUCGUUGCAACUGACCGUCUCUGGCCAAAUUGAAUGGUUACCGAGAAAUUGCCUCUCUGAUAUCCAUUUGAGCAUGAUACAAAAAGCUCUCGGAUACCGUAAUCGCGUUCCGACCAAUCUUCAAAGCGGAAGACAUUUGAAGGUUCGGGUCGUCCUACUUUCCUUGUUUUCCGAUGAUACCAGUGGCAAUCGAUCCAAGAAGUGGAAUUGCUACGGUACUUGGAUGAUGAACGUCGCUGCAUUUGAUUUAACGGACAGUAAUAAGUACGAGAACCACUACUUUUUAUGUACCAGCAAUCACUCUAUAAAUGCGAGGGAGAUGACCGGGCCACUUGGUGAAGAUCUUUGCCAGCUAGAACGAGGCCAAGUUAUGUACGACGCCAUUCUUGGUGAAGACAUCUUUGUAAUUGCACCUGUACUUUUCUUCCGUGGUGACAAUGUGCGACAAGCCAAGCUGGCGUUGAACAAAGGGUCGAUGGCAAAGCACCCUUGUCGAUACUGUUAUUGGCAAGCGGAUCCCUUCAAGCCCAUCGAUGCUACUGGUCAGCCUGUCGCAUUGCGAUACAGUGCUGGAUCUCACUUGGUACAGGAACGAACUUGGAUCGACUUCCGCGACUUUGUGAGAGGAGCUGAAGAGCGAAAUGGUAGAGUACAUCUAUUAAACAGUGGCCGAGUCGUUCGACUUAACGGAGGCACAAACAGCAUGACGCCCUCCUCCACAGCGGACUGGAGUAACCUCAGCUUUAAGCUAACUGGAGCAGAGGUACUACUGAACUUGAAUGCCGUGGACCUCUCAAAAGAUUUGCCAGUCGAGAUUCUGCAUACCAUUUUGCUCGGGAUGACAAAAUACUGUCUCAAGAUUUCGAUGCAGUACUUCAUCCAAACUAAAGAAACGGAUAGUCUGACUCUACUUUUUCGCAACUACAACUCUCCUGCCUUGCACCGAAACUUGACCUCUUCGUUGAAAAUGUACCGAUCGUUUCUUGGUGGUGACUUCAAAAUUCUUGUCCAGCUUCUGCCCUCGCUGUUACAAAGAGCAAGAAACAACAGCCCUCAACUGUCAACGGACCACGAUUCGUUUUCUGCAAUGUUUGAAUGUUUCAAUAAGCUUGCCGCACUAUCGUCGCUUGUCUAUAUGCAAAAGAUCGACAAUUUCGAUCAGUACAAGUUGGAAUUAGAUACGACUGUAGCAGAAACAAUGACUGCAAUAGAUAAUCUCCAGCAUACAACAACGCCGAUCGCCGAAAGCAGAAGAACUCCAGCUACUCGAACAACCGCUAUACAGAGAAUGAACUUUUCUUCUCUGUGCAACAGAUUGAAAGCACAUCUUCUUAUUCAUCUGUCGCAAGAUGCGGAUCGAAUUGGUGGAGCCGUUCAUACUGAAGCAGAGAGGUGUGAACAACACCAUAAAUUUAUGCGUGAGCUUCUAUGCCACACCAAUAGGCAGAACGGUGGACGAGACGUGGCCAGAAAAUUUGCAGAAGAAUAUAUGCUAUGUCAUACAUGUGAAGGUGGUCGUUUCGUGGAUUGUUUUUCAGGAGUUUGGGAAACCUGCUGUCCAGGUGUUAUCGCUUCGUAUGAUCCUGUGUUGGUACAAAGUGGGCUCGUUCUGGCAGACAACACAAACAGCAGUAAGAAGCUUAAGGUUGGCCUAGCUGCCUUGUUCUAUAACCGCCAUACAUCUUCCAAGACAAGUGGAUUGACCCUAGGUGUCAUCACGGCGAAACAAGGCGACGAGCUCUAUGUUCAGGCUUACGAUUUUGUUCUGGCUGCUGGUGAAGCUGCGUCAAUGCAAAGUCGAAGCAUUUUUGAUUGCUGCGUUCAAGACAUCGCAAGCAAUUUUAUCGUCGUGCGGUUACCUCGCGAUGAUUUCGUCCUUAAUAGCACUGACGAAGAUCUUGUUGUCGAAGUUUUCGACAUGUCACAAAGUCUAAUAAUGAGAGCGCCACAGAGAGACUCGUUGAGCGUCAAUAAGUCGAAGUUUGGGACUCGCUGGUGGCUCAAAAACACGACAUACAACUUUGAAAAAAUCGUUUACUAAACCCAUUCCUUCAAUCUUUUCAUUACAUCACUUCUCUUCUUAAUACGUUACCUAUGUCUCAUUCCUAUACCCUUUGUUGAUUAUUCUUCUAUGCAUCUUAACCAACCUCUUUUAUAUUCUUUCUGUAUGAUUUCUCUAUGCGUUUUAUGACCACCUUUUAUAUUCUUUCUGUAUGAUUCUUAUGUCCGUUUUUUAUGCCCCUCCAAAUCCUAUUUUUUGUCUUUCGCUUCUUUUCUUA